UUCAGAUCAGGGCUGCCACAGAGUGCACGAGGCCAAUAAAGAGAGGAGCGAUAGAAACGAGGAAGAAAUUACCUCCACUUUAAACGGAUCUCGUGACUGGGGACGGCGGAGCGCACGAGACGCGGUCUGCGCGCGGAAACAGCAGACAACAGAGCGAGAAACAAGCCGGGGGAUUUCUGUGUCAGAGCUGCACGAGGAGGACAUGGUGGAUUCUUGAGGAUCGAUGCUACAAUAAGUGAACAUUUUGGGGGUUUUGAUUCAGUGGAAAUCAAAGCUGCACGCAUAACGCAGGCGGGCUGCAGAGCGCGCGGGAGCAGGAUGAGCGUGUUUUGUGCGCGGAGGUCAGAGCAGUGCGUUUGAGCGGGACAUGGCAAACGGAGGAGACCAGUUCGGCCUUGCAGAUCGUCCGGACUCGGACUGCAUGGAUUCCCCAGAAGACAGCAAACAGGAGAAACCGAGCUUCAACUUGAACUCACCAUCUUCACCGCAGACAGCUUCCAGCCAGCAGGUACAGGCCUGUACUGAAGACCAACAUGGGAUGGAGGGCAUCAAAGUUUUCCUCCAUGACAGAGAGCUUUGGACCAAGUUUGAUGAAGUGGGAACAGAAAUGAUCAUCACUAAGGCUGGGAGGAGGAUGUUUCCUAGUUACAAGGUGAAGGUCACAGGACUCAACCCCAAAACCAAAUACAUCCUCCUGAUGGACAUCGUGCCCGCAGAUGACCAUCGCUACAAGUUCGCUGACAACAAAUGGUCAGUAACGGGAAAGGCGGAGCCCGCGAUGCCCGGAAGGCUCUACGUUCACCCGGACUCUCCCGCCACCGGAGCUCACUGGAGCCGCCAGCUUGUCUCUUUUCAGAAGCUAAAGCUCACCAACAACCACCUGGACCCCUUUGGACACAUAAUACUGAACUCCAUGCACAAAUACCAGCCCCGGCUCCACAUAGUCAAGGCAGAUGAGAACAACGGCUUCGGCUCCAAAAACACAGCUUUCUGCACCCACGUCUUUUCUGAGACCGCCUUCAUCGCUGUGACGUCCUACCAAAACCACAAGAUUACUCAGUUGAAGAUUGAGAAUAAUCCCUUUGCUAAAGGCUUCAGAGGCAGCGACGACAACGAGCUGCACCGCAUGGCCAAGCUACAAGGUAAGGACUACCCCGUGGUUCCACGCAGUACAGUCCGCCAGAGAGCUUGCACCACCGGGAGCCCAUUCCGUGGGGAGGGCCGGGGUCUGCGGGCCUCACCCGAAGCUGUCAGCUCCCCCUACAGCUGUGAGAAUGGUCUGAACAGCAGCCCUCAGGAGCUGCUGAGCACUCCCCCAACACACUACAUCCUGCCUCACCCGCACCUGCAGCACGGCCAACAGUCACAGGUUUACCACUGCACCAAGAGGAAAGAGGAGAACUGCUCUUCAGGAAACCGCCAUCACCCCUACAAGAAACCCUUCACUGGUAGCUCACCAAGUGAGGGUGAGUCCUACUAUCACCCUUCCUCCUACCCUCCCCCUCCACCUGGCCUCUCCAACACCCCCGGCCUGGGCCUCACCGACUCCCCCUACAGCUCAGACAUGGGACAGCGUCAGGCGUGCAUGUUUGCCGGCUCAGAGCCCAGACUGGAUGAACUCAGCUGUACAUCCUGGUCUUACACCUGCCCGCUCCCCUCUGCCAUGACCCCUGUGGACCCCUACCCGCCUUACACCCCACAUCCCCCCUACAGCUCCAGUCCUCAGGGCUCUCGCCUCAGCGCUAUAGCCCACCAGAGCUCACCUCCGCUGGGUGAACACAUGGCCCACAACCCUUAUCAAAGCCAGAGCUGCGGACCUCCUCAUCAGAGCUCCCAGAGCGUUCACAGCCGGCAGCUCAGCCCUCCUCUCAGAGAGUACCCCCGCUACACGCCCAACCUGUCCCCCCCCCUCUACCACACGCUAGAGACGCACACACACAUCCGAUGUGGGGUGCCAGAGUGGAGUGCGGCCUCGUAAUUAAACCAGAGGACAUAAAAAAGACUCAGUGAACAGAGAUUCCUUGUUUCAUAUUCAGCCACCCUUCUGCAAGAUGCUGCACAGCAUUCUGACUAAAUGUGAUAUUAUCUUUAUAAAAUAAUUGUUAAAGAUGUGUUUUUGUGCUGUGACAAGAGGUUUCUAUUGUAGUCAUGUUCACCCCUGUGCUGGAUGGAGAACCUGGACACCUGUGACGCUUCCACUGCAGGACAAUCAGAGUUGUUCUACAACAUAGAGACUGGUGUCAUUCAAAUGUUUGCACUGUGUCCUGGUAAGACUGGCCACUCUCCUCUCAUUGACUCCCACUCUCUCCAUUGUGAAGGAUGUUAAUUGUGACCCACUGUCAGACAGGCAGUAACAUUUACUGACCAAAAUUAUCUCAGCUUUCACAGCUGAGCCCGAGGGAGACUUUUUUUGUUUCAGCUACGUGCUCAGUGUCAGUGAAGGAGAAAAGGCAUGAGUGGUGUGUGCGUGCGUGUUUGUAUGUAAAGCCUGUGUCAGCUCCACUCAAAGAUGCUACGAGUUAAUUUCCAAUGAGACAGGCAGCAGUGGCUGCAGGCACUGCGCCAUAGAGAUAAACAGUUUGUUUAGACGACGCUACAGGCUGAAGGACCUGUAAACACUCUUUCCACUGCAUUCUGGGUAAAUGCACUACUCAGCGUCAUGCAUCUGUCACCGCUGUCCUCUUAGUCACCCCCCGCUGGCCAAUCAGGUUUGCUCGUUUACAGGAAGCUAGCCAAUAAGCAGGCGGCUUUCUUUUAUCCCCAGCUGACCAGUCAUAGCUGGAGUGCAGCGUGUUUUAUUGUGUGCGUGUGUUGGCCCAUUUUUGUUUGUUUCUGAAUUAUUCAUGAAUCCAGUGUUGAUCCUUGACAUGCGAGGAUUGCUCAGCAAACAGAGUCACAGGGCUGGAAAUGUGAUAAUAUUGAUGCACCAACCCCUACAAUAUUCAUUACAGUCCCUGUUUUUAAAUCUCCAGACUCCCUGCAACAUCUAUACAGCUUUUAAAUGCUUUGGGUUAAAUAUGUUACGUGCCGAUUUGGAAGGGAAUCAUUGGUGGCACUUCUUGAUGAGCAGACACAAGCUGAGAUUUUUGUUUAUUUUAUGUAAUGAAGCAGUUUUUAUACUUCUGCAGGCAUUUUUCAUGCAGUAACAGGGCAAACAUUAGUAAUAAGAGGGCAGAUCCUCACCAUUCCUUAAUAUAUCUUUGAUUUCUGUGUGUCUGUGAGUAUGUGUGCGUAUAAAAAUGAGAUUUUUUUAUAGCCAUGUUCCUGCCUAUAGUAUUUAUUACUCUAGAUUUGUAAAGAUUACUUUGUUGUAUUGUUCAGAGAGUUUUGUGUCUCUUUGAAGGUUCGUCUCUGCUUUCACCUUACAUCUCUAAGUGGUGAUGAAUAGUUGUGAUAAAUGAACCAAAUUUUCUGUCCCAUGGAAAUAAAGAUGGAUUUAUAUACAAAAAUGAAAUAAAUUUUAGAGAAUUUUG